AUGGACAACCAGGACGGAGGUGAUAUCGAUAUGGGUGAUGGCAUUCCACUGCAGAAUGUCAAUUCCUCCAUCCUGAAGAAGGACGGAGGUGAUAUCGAUAUGGGUGAUGGCAUUCCACUUCAGAAUGUCAAUUCCUCCAUCCUGAAGAAGGUGAUCCAGUGGUGCCAGUAUCAUAAGGACGAUCCAAUCCCACCAGAUGACAGUGAAAAUAAGGAGAAGCGAACGGACGAUAUCCCAUCAUGGGAUGUGGAAUUCCUCAAAGUUGAUCAGGGCACUCUGUUCGAACUCAUUCUGGCAAGUGCUUACUUAUUUUUAUUAAAAUUCUGA